AUGACUUGGCUUAUCUCAACAAGAUUAUGUUACCAAAUUUUGAAGCGAUUUGGUAUGAAAAAGUUUGCAGCUGGAGAAGUUCCCACGUCCAAGGGUGACAAGUUAACUAAGAAGCAGAGUCCUAAAAGUGAUGUUGAAAAGGAAACCAUGGAGUCAAAACCUUAUGCAAGACUUGUUGGAAGUCUUAUGAGGUGCAGUUGCUUGGAAAACCAUGAAGCAAACUCUAGUUACAACCUCCACCCUAUGCAAGCUAAAUUUAUUGAAAGUGUGCGUGAAGGGCUUUGGAUAAGAAAUUUUCUGAUGCUGACCAAGAUAUUAAGUCACAAUGUGGCUGACGCACUUGUUCAUGAAACGAGGUCACACUCUCAUUCAAACCCUGAAGAGGAGAAGAAAGUAAUGACGCGGAAGCAGAAGGCUGAGAACAAGGCACAUGAUGGAGAGCAACCUCCAAAGAAGCCUAGGGCUGAUGAUCACAAUGGCCAUGCAAAUGGUAAAGCUUUACCUGCUGAGUUUGAGGAACUGUAUUCUGCUGUCAAAGGGCAUUUGUCAACAGAACAAAUGCGAGAAAUCUUGGAAGCUAAUGAUCAAGACUCUUCUGGCUCAGAUGCUGCUGUUCUAAGAAAAUGCCAAGAUCUGCUAUUCUAUGGGCCAUUAGAUAGUUGUCGUAUUUGCAAUGGUAAAUUAGAGUUCAAUGGUAUACGCUAUUCUUGCACCGGAACUUAUAGCGAGUGGGCUUCUUGUACUUUCAACACGAGGGAUCCACCAAGGAAGCAGGAAGCGAUCAAGUUACCUGAGAGUCUUGAGAAGUCUCCUGCUUCAGAUUUGCUAAAGAAAUAUCAGGACCCAAGUCGCCGGCCCAAGAGGGAUUUAAGCACUCCUGAUAAGCCCUUCACUGGGAUGUUAAUUUCUUUAAUGGGCCGUCUUACUAGAUCACAUCAAUACUGGAGACAGGAAGUAGAUAAACAUGGAGGAAAGGUUGCCAACCAUGUGAUUGGUGUGACAUGCCUAAUUGUGUCUCCUGCGGAACGAGAACGCGGCGGCACAAAUAAACUGGCUGAAGCAAUGGAGAGAGGGAUACCUGUAGUAAGUGAACAGUGGCUGAUUGAUAGCAUAGAAAGACAAGAACCCCAGCCUCUCGAAGCAUAUGAAAUUGCUAGUGAUCUUGCUCCUGAUGGCAGAGGAAUCCCAUGGGACAAAAUGGAUCCCAGUGAAGAGGCAAUUGAGUCACUUUCAGCAGAACUCAAGCUUUAUGGGAAGAGAGCUGUCUACAAAGAUACGAAACUGCAGGAGCAAGGCGGAAAAAUCUUCGAGAGGGAUGGGACAUUGUACAACUGUGCCUUCUCACAUUGUGAUCUAGGACGAAAACUGAACGAUUAUUGCAUCUUGCAACUGAUUAUGGUGCCAGAGAACAGCCUGAACUUGUACUACAAGAAAGGCAGAGUUGGGGAUGACCCCAAUGCAGAGGAAAGGCUUGAAGAAUGGAAGAAUGUGGAUGAUGCUGUGAAAGAGUUUGUUAAAAUAUUUGAGGAAGUAACCGGAAAUGAGUUUGAACCAUGGGAAAGAGAGAAGAAGAUCCAGAAGAAGCCAUUUAAGUUUUACCCAAUAGACAUGGACGAUGGAGUUGAAGUAAGACAUGGAGGACUUGGUCUUCGACAGCUGGGAGUUGCUGCUACACAUUGCAAACUUCAGCCCGAGGUUGCAAAUUUUAUGAAGAUCCUAUGCAGUCAGGAGGUUUACAAAUAUGCUCUGAUGGAGAUGGGAUUGGAUGCCCCAGAAUUGCCAAUGGGGAUGCUUACCGAUGUCCACCUAAAAAGAUGUGAGGAUGUUCUUCAAGAGUUUGUGGAGAAACUGAAGUCAAUGAAGGAAUCAGGGCCAGAGUCUGAGGCUGUUUGGUCGGACUUUAGCCAAAGAUGGUUUACCCUGCUGCACUCUACUAGGCCUUUCAUAUUCAGGAACUUCCAGGAAGUUGCAGAUCAUGCUGCUGCUGCACUGGAGACUGUUCGGGACAUAACUCUGUCCUCACAUCUUAUUGGAGACAUGAGUGGAGCUACCAUUGAUGAUCCCUUGUCAGAUAGAUGUAGCAAAUUGGGAUGCUCAAUCUCCCCACUUGAUAAGGAAUCCGAUGAUUACAAAAUGAUUCUGAAGUACCUGGACAAGACCUAUGAACCUGUCAAAGUUGGAGAUAUUGAAUACGGGGUGUCUGUGGAGAACAUAUUCGUUGUUGAAUCAAAUGCCUGUCCAUCUUUGGAUGAAAUAAAGAAGUUGCCUAACAAAUUUCUCCUAUGGUGUGGGACACGGAGCUCAAAUCUGAUGAGGCACUUGAAUAAGGGUUUCUUGCCAGCAAUAUGCUCUCUCCCUGUCCCAGGCUAUAUGUUUGGGAAAGCAAUUGUUUGCUCUGAUACUGCCGCAGAGGCUGCAAGGUAUGGUUAUACUGCUGUGGACAGACCAGAGGGUUUCUUAGUUUUGGCUGUGGCUUCUCUAGGUGAAGAGAUUAUUGAGUUGAAAAACCCACCAGAGGACACAAAAUCUUUAGAGGACAAGAAACUUGGAGUGAAGUGCAUAGGGAAAAAGAAGACUGAUGAAUCGGAGCACUUUGUAUGGCAUGAUUAUAUCAAAGUUCCCUGUGGACGAUUAGUGCCUUCAGAUAAUAAAGACAGCAUUGUCGAGUAUAACGAGUAUGCUGUCUAUGAUCCCAAGCAGACAUGCAUAAGGUUCUUGGUGGGUGUGAAGUAUGAAGAGAAGGAUGCUGUCAUGGACACCGAGGAGUGACCUUGAAGAUGCUAGGAGGGAUCCAAGAAACAAAGAAGCACACUCUCUUGCUACCCUUUUUGGAAAUGAGAAGGAUGUGCUGAAGAUGGCAAUAGGGGUCCUGACAACUUUUUGCUAUGUUUCUUGGAAGGACUAAGAUUGCUCGAGGGCCUCGUCGAACUCUUUUUUGUAGGAAGGUUGAUCUUUUGUUGUAUAUAGUCCCCUCUUUUGUUGUAUAUUAGUAUGACCACUACCAUGUUGGGUAGUAUGUGUGCUGACACGAGGCCUGUGAAGCCUCCAACAUAGAAAAUUGGAUCCAGUGUAGUUCGAGGUUCUCUCUCUGAUGUCAUCUGAAAAGGUUCACUCUGCGUAAAGUGCACUUAUGGUCUGA